GUGUUCCAGACGAUUCCACGCGCUCCGUGUUUUCUUUAUACAGGUCUACAUUUCUCCGCGCGCGUCUGUAUUCGCACGUUUGUGUGUGAGUGUGUGUGUGUGUGUGUGCGCGUGCGUGCGUGCGCGCGUGUGUGUGUAUGAAUGAAUGAGUUCAGUGCGGUAAUAACCCCGCGUUGAUCGAGUCUCGCGCUUUAUUCUCCGCUCCGUUCCUCCACGCGCUCAGAGAGAAAUGGACCUCCACCGUGCCGCUUUCAAGUUGGAGAGCUCCUCGUACAUGCCGAGCUCCAUGUCGUCUCCUGCCCUCAUGGUCCUGGCGUCGACGCCCGAGUCCGACCGUGACCCCUCCAUUGUCCCGUGCCAGACCUCACGUCCGUUCGGCGUUCCGGUCUCUCUGGAAAAAGACCUGCACCUCCCGUUCCCCGGCGGCUCCUACACCUUUUCCUCUGUGUACCAGAGGCAGGGAGGCUUCACGACCCGAGACUUCCCCGCCUCGCUGCUGCACCUGCACCCGCAGUUCACUCCGGCUCCGCUGAGCGUGCUCGGACACGGCGCAGUGGGAGCGUUCCGGCCGUUCUCUUCCCCAAACGACGACAGAGACCCAGGGAUUUAUCAUUCCGCCUUCCUGCCCACCAAGAGGCUGAAAGGAGGCCCGGAGCCGGAAACGUCGCCUCGUCUGCGCUACGCAGUCGCCGACGGAAAAGAGUUCGAGUUCGGGGUCAACCGACUUCCCUCCGGGUCUCCCGGUGCCCUAAAAGGAGCGGAGGAUUCUGGGAAAAAGCGGUUCAGCGUGUCGGGGCUGCUGGUGGACACCGAGGCCUCGUGUAGCCCCGAGGAACAACAGGACGGAUGUAAGGUGAAGUGUGUGUGUGAUGUUCAGGCUCCUGUGUGUCCCGUCUGUCACGUGGUCCUGCGACCGGAUGAGCUGCAGGAGCAUGUGGAGCAGGAGAUGGAGAGGCUAUCACAGCUGCACCUGAGUGCAAGUCCUGCACAGAGUGAGUGUCUCUCGGCCGGGUUAUCCAGGCCUGUGUUUUCUGUCCGCAUUAAGCGAGAAGGCGGAUCGUGUGUUCCGUCGCCCCGCCCCUCCGAGGACGCUGUGCACUCGGACAGGUACCAGACGUUUUUACGAGUCCGAGCCAACAGACAAACACGACUCGGCGCUCGCAUCGGGAAGAUGAAGAGGAGGAAAGCAGAGGAAGAGCAGAGAGACGGUGUGUGUGUUGUGGAGAACGGCUCUGUGGCAGCAGCAGGAGCAGGAGACGAGUAUGAGUGGAGUGAACAGAGGAGGGUGCACGUGGUGUCGAUUCUGACCGGAUUCAGAGGUUUAGUAAACACGUGUAAGGAGCAGCAGGACAGUGACGUGGAUUUGGACGUGGACGGAGACGAUACUCUGAGUUACGGCCGCGCGCAAUACACGGAGACGGACGUGAUCCCGAGCGCAGGAGACGCUGAGGACGGCGAGAUGGUCGUAAACAGGGAAGCGGCGAGUCGACUCUCUCCAGAACUCCCCAGGUGGUCCACAGCAGAAACUCCAUCUACGAGUAAUGAAGACCACAUCAGGCCAGAUGUCAGCGUGAACGUCUCUCCAGCCUGCAGGAGCUGUCAGUUUGAGAUGCCGUCCGGUGACUCUUUUAACACACUGGAAGCGUUGAAGUCACGGAUCCGAGACCUGGAGAAGCAGCUGACUCGAGGAGACCGGAUCAAAUGUCUUAUCUGCAUGGACUCGUAUACGAUACCGCUGGCUUCCAUCCAGUGUUGGCACGUGCACUGUGAGGAGUGCUGGCUCCGGACGCUGGGAGCGAAGAAGCUGUGUCCUCAGUGCAACACCAUCACGUCCCCGGGUGACCUGCGGCGUGUGUAUCUGUGACGAGGCCGCACUACAGCGCCGCACGACGACCGCUUCCUGAAGACGGCCUCGUGUCUUUCUGACUGGACUUCCUGUUUGCCGGGACGUCUUCUCCUCCAUUCACGUUGUGACACGCCGGUGUUCUCAUCACGAACCUGCCCAGUGUGCAUUAGGAUUUAGUCUCUUCCGGGUCGUAUUCGGAGAUUCCGAGUCGAGAUAAGCGCUCAGUGAGGAUUUAACGCCCACUAUAAAAAUAAAAACAAUCACGGAAGCGAGUGUGUCAAUACAAUUAAAACUCUACAUGUGACGUGUUUUAAAAUAUGACAUAAUUCAUAACCGAUGCCCGUUCGUCGUGUUUACCCCAACCCACGGCACGACAAGCUCAAAUUUCACUGGACAGUGUGGAGCAGAGCGUUCAUUUCACGGUCGAAUUCAUAAAUUGGUUGAAAAUCACGCACCCAGUCCGUUUUUUUUUUUUAAUGAUAAAGAUGAAAUGACUAAAAGAAAAAUAAAUAAAUAAAUAAAAGACGACGCAUGUCGUUCUUUUCUGUAUAUUUGGAAGUCGCAUUAAUGGUCAGUAGUGUUCGAUUUACUCCUCCAACGAUCAUCGUUGGUUAAAUGAAAUCCAAGUGCCACCUACAGGCCUUUUAGGUGAAGUGCAGGCUGUUAGGUCAAGAACACAUUAUUAGCCUACAUUAGCACUUUUUAUAAUUAUGCAAUAAUAGUAAACAUAAUAACUAGAAGAAGAAGAAGAAGACAUAUAUGGAGCUCAGAAAAUCCACUUAAGCGGCUGCGUAACUCGACUCUGAAUUCCAGGAACUUUCCUCACGUCAGUACUGACAAUACUUCUGAACUCUGAAUUUGACUCUUUAUGACUGCACAAGUAGAAAAAAACUUAGAGACUUUAAGCCCAUUUUAACUUUAUUAACAGACAUGCCCUCUCUCUCUCUCUCUCUCUCUCUCUCUCUCUCUCUCUCUCUCUCUCUCUCACCCAAUGUAAAUAUGUUAAGCAAGACAACUUGUACAUUUGUAUGUUUAUUAACUUGUACUUAUUUUGUAAUUUAACAUGUUGAAUAGAUUUUCAGGAGCAUUCAUGCCUAAAUACGAGCCUGUACCUAUAGAAUAAGAUUUUAGUCACGUUAAUUUUACUAUAAUGAGUUAGUAUUAGUGUCCAUUUGUGUCAAUCAGGAUGUUACAUGACAAAGAAUUCCUAUAGU